AUGGAACAACAACAACAACAACAACAACAGCAGCAGCAGCCAUUAAAUAGCCGGACCCAGAAUUUUAUUAUUACCCAGACAACCGAUGCAACGGCCAAUGAUGAAGAAGCUUUAGUAGCUGAAGAUGCAGCCGCUGUUGCUGCCGUUUCACAUUUAAUCGAUCGUCAUGUUUUCCAUUAUCAAGAAUGGUCUUCCGAUUUAAAUUAUACAAAAUUGCUUAAAAAUUGUUCCUUUGUUGACAAUGAUUUGUUCUGUGAUUGUGAUCUAUUGUCUAGGACAUUCAUCUGUUACAAUGUACAAUCGGUCGAUCAGAUUCGUCGAGCAUUCGAUCAUCUAUUGAAUGCUACACGUUCAAUAUAUUGGAAUCGAUUGGAAAUCCAUUGUAUUGAACCAUAUUCAAAUGAUGAUCCAACAACGGCCACUGGUUCAGAUAAUAGUAGUGGUGGUGGAACAACAAAACAAUCAACAAUACCACCAAAUAAAAGUUUUCAUAUUUCAUAUGAAUUGUUCACUGAUGGUCCUCGUUUUGAUUCAAUUUUAUUUGUUGGUGAUUGUUCAAAACCAAGACAUUAUGAUAAUUUAAUUGCGGUCGAUCGUGAUGUACAGCAAAUUAUAAUGCAUAGAAAUAUGUUAAGAAUAUCUACAUCUUGUAGCCUAUUUCAACCGAAAUUCGAAAGGCUAACUGAACUUAUACUUAAAGAUUGUCUAGUGGCUGGCGAUAUGAUUUCCUCAACAUUCUCCACCCGUUGUCUUGGCCAUUAUGGAACACGAAAUGAGCCAAUGCAAUUGUCCAAAUUGAUCAUAUCAUCAUGUAACAUUUCAUUGAUUGAAGGCGGUGCAUUCUAUAAUUUUGCCGAACUUGAAUUGAUUGAUCUAAGUAGGAAUCAGAUUACACAUUUAUCACGACAAGCAUUUGCACCACAUCUAUAUCGUUUACGAACAUUAAAACUUCAUCAUAAUAAACUAACAAGUUUGAAUGGAGAAUUUUUCGAAAAAUUACCAGAACUUCGUGAAGUUUUAUUAUCAGAAAAUCGUCUACAAACUUUACCAUUUUUACCAAGUGCCGGUCCAGGCGUUGCACAAGUAUUACGAUUGGCAGAAAAUCCUUGGGAUUGUCGUUGUCGAUUAACAUGGAUAUUAGAAGAACCAAUGGAUUCUGUUAGAUUAAUAUCCGAUGAACCAAGAUGUGAAACGCCUAUAAAUUUUCAAAAUCAAACCCUAUUUAAAGGACUACAAUUGAUAAAACAAACUUUUUGCUGAUUUAUUCGACCAUAAUAGAAUACACACAUAUACACACACACACAAACAUUUAUAUAAAUUUUUGAUAGUCAUCAUUAUUAAAAGAGCGAGAAUCAUACAAAUAAAUCCAUGUUACAAACACACACACGCACACACAGACAUUUUUGGCACUGGUGUCCAUAAUUCUUGAUGAUGAUGAUGAUGAUGAGGACAAAUAGACCAUAUAUACUUGACAACAACAACAACAACAAAAAAUACA